UGCAAGUUCACUGGUAACAACAUCUUUACCUGUCGUCAAGAGCCAACCUGUACGGGAUAACUGGACAAAACCAGAAUGAUAACCUGAAAUGAAAAAAAUAUGAAAGUCAACUGCAGAAAAAUUUGCUACUGUAUUGUUUUUGUGUAUCUCGUGUUUUCGUUUUACGCAGCGUAUAACGUCUUCUUUAAUGCAAAAGUUAUUUCCAGAGUCCACAGGGUGGUGAAGAAAGUGGACAGUGCACGGGCAGCGGAGCGCAGGAGCCCCGUCCUCCCCAGGGAGGAGGAGGAUGAGGAAGAGUGGGACCCAUGGGAGGAAGAGGAGAAGCAGGAGCUUGCGGACUUACAGAGGCGAAGGGGGGCAUUCCAGGUGUACCAGGAACGUGUUGCCAGGGAACGGCUGAAGAGGCACAGGGUUCAGAUUUGGGGCAAAGCCGCCAUCGGGCUGUACCUCUGGGAACAUAUUUUAGAGGGGCCACUGAAUCCCCUGGACAGGACUGCGCAGUGGAGAGAGGGGGAGGUGGUGUCUGGAAAUAUCACAUUCAGUUUCUACACGGGUCCAGCUGUGGUCCAGGGUCACGUGCCUCUAGAAACAGACAGCGUGGUGCUGGUCCUGAACGGUCGCGAGGAACAGAAGGUCUCCUAUGCCACCCGAUGGCUGCAGCACGUGGAGGCGCUGGUGCAUUCUGGCUCGCUACUGCAUGUCGCCGUGGUGUUGCUGGGCAGCGAGCGCUGCGUCAAUGACUGGUUCCAGCCCUAUCUGCGUAGCUACGGCGGCUUCGUGGACCGGCUCUUCCUCGUGUACGACAGCCCUUGGGUUAACGGUCGCGACAUCUUCCAGUGGCCGCUCGGUGUAGCCACAUACAGGGAUUUCCCGCUGGUCAUCCCCGACAGCCAGAUGGAGAGCGCAGAGAGGCCUUACCUGUGUAACUUCAUGGGAACAGUGUACAAGAACUCCUCCCGAGAGAUCAUGAUGGGGAUUCUCAAGCCGGUAUGGGAGAAGGAGUGUCUCAUCGCACCAAGGGACAAGUGGCUCCCUCUGGAGUCGGUAGAGAGCAUGCGGCGGUACCGUACGGCUCUUGCGCAAAGCGACCUCACGCUGUGCCCGGUGGGGGUCAACACGGAAAGUUACCGCAUCUACGAGGCCUGUUCCUAUGGCUCCGUCCCUGUGGUGGAGGACGUGACCACGCCGGGCAGCUGUGGGUCCGAGUCUGGUGCCCCGCUGCGGCUGCUCAAAGCCAGGGGGGCGCCUUUCAUCUUCCUCCGCGACUGGCGUGAGCUGCCUGGCCUGCUGGAGAGCGAGAUGCGCAGGACGACGGCAGAGAAGGCGGAGAGGCGGCGCCAGCUGCUCACCUGGUACGCAGACUUCCAUCGGUGGAUGAAGGAGCACUUCACCCAGGUCCUGGAGGAGGCCUUCUUCACACAGGGCUGAGCGGUGGCUCGCAUGAGCACCACCCGGGUACGGAGGAAGAGCAGCUGUGUCGUAGGCGUACAGGAAAUUCAAAAACAUGGAUAGUGGUUAUAUUCCGAUUCUCAUCACCGUUUCGUUUCUCCGUUAUUCCUGUUAGUGUUUACACCUGGAACACAGUCUGGCACUCCUGUGUUCUCGCUUAUCACCUUUCACACAAAUGUAAAACAUGGGAAAACACUAUUGAACACUAUGAACCGUUGUGGUGUAUACCGAUCAGCCGACACAUUAAAAGCCACCUGCCUAAUACUGGGUUGGUCCCCCUCAUGCCACCAAAACAGCUCUGACGUGUUGAGGCAUGGACUCCACAAGACCUCCGAAGGUGUCCUGUGGUAUCUGGCACGAAGGCGUCAGCAGGAAAUCUUUUAAGUCCUGUAAGUUGUGAGGUGGGGCCUCAAUGGAUUAGACUUGUGUUUCCAGCACAUCCCCCAGAUGCUCGAUUGGAUUGAGAUCUGGGGAAUUUGGAGGCCAACUAACACCUUCAACUUUUAAACAAUUUUGCAGUGUGAUGGGGCCACAGCCAUCAGGGAAUAAUAGCGUUGCCAUGAAGGGGUGUACGUGGUCUGCAACAAUCUUUAGGUAGGUGGUACGUGUCAAAGUAA